AUGGCGCUCAGCGCAAAAGUUGACGUUGAGCUCGAGGAGGCCCCGGGUGCGCUGGUAACCGAUGCCGAGAUGCCAUCCGACCACGAAGCAUCCCAACUGUUGAUCCUACACCAUCGCUCGGUAUUCCCAACCACGCAGCUCAAUAACCCUACUGAGCCAGCGCACGGCGGGCCCCGUAGCGCACGCCCGCCGCAGUAGGCAACACACCUCCUUCCCAGCAUACACUACGAAGUACGAUCCUCAGCCCGAGCUCGACGAGCGAAAGCCAAAGCCUGCGGACCGGGCCCUCAGCGAACCGACCUGCGCCCGCAUAAGCCCGGUCUCGAGCUCGUAGUGCGAUUGGCGUCCUCUCCGGGGCCACAACCUACUGUGUUAGCCCCCGCCGAACCGAACCGACCUGCGUCCGCCCGCUCAACCCGCCGGUGCCACAAGCCCGUCCCCCCUGGGCCCUCUCGGGUCCGCACGCGCACGAGCGAAGAAGGCGCGCUCGGGUACCGUGCGUGG